AAAACUUCAUUAUUUGGUCUGGAACAUAUUUUUUUUGAUGCUGCUAAACAUCUUGUUUGGCAAGAAAGAAAUUCAUCUUUAAAUAACAAUUCAAAGGAUGGGAAAGAAGUGCUCCAAAUAUAUGAAAUGACUGUGGCUAAGCUCUUUGAUAUUUAUGAGCGUAUGAUGGAAGAUUCUAGAUGUGGAAAUGACGAUAAUAGAACUUUUGGAGAAUAUACUGAGAAAUGUGCAGAAGACUCUUGUAACUGUAAAGAUGUUUGCUCUGAACACGAUGCAAAUUGCUUCAUUGGAAAGUCUCUAACUUUACAAGAUAGUUGUAAUAUAAGUGAAAUCUUGGAUGAAGCACAGUCUGCUGAUAUUGGAAGACUGCAACAGCUCAUGAGCAAAUGUACAGUGCAGAUGGAAAUGCUGAAAAAGUAUUUUCAGAUUUUACAAGAGGAGGAUGUAACCACACUGAUAACCCAAGAAAAUAUAUUGGACUUCAUGAAGAAUGGAGGAUUUAAUCCUGUCAUUCUGAAGCCGGAAGCUGUUGAAAUAUAUACUGAAUUGGCAAUGACAUAUGAAACUAUUUUUUUCCUUAAAAACUCAAUAGAGAAACAAGGAGAUAAUCCGCGAUUUCGUAGUUUACUAUGGUUUGAUUUAUCACUUCUACCUGAACUUUUCCAGUGCCAAGAAAAAAUGGCUUUCCUGUCUUAUCGGAAAGAUGAGCUUUUAGAAACAGUGGAGGCUUCCAUCUUUGAACUUCAGGAUGAAUUGAACCUUAUUUAUAACUAUACAGAAGCCUUAAAUUGCUCAUAUGCGCUUCAUCUUCUCACAAGAGAAUUUGUGGAAUUUUCAGAAACAAGAAAAAUGUUAGGAACAUCCAAGUCGCCUGUUUCCAUGUGUGUAGAUUUGGCACCAUAUGCUAUCGCUUUAAAUUAUGGAAGUACAGUUUCUGAAUUAGACUGUAACUAUAGCCAGUUUUCUAAACUUCUUGAGAAAUUGAUGACAUCCAGACAAAAAGAUUUAGGAAAAAUGGCUCACGUUAUGAAGGUGAUGAAAACCAUUGCACAUAUGAAGUUUAUCUGUUCCGAACAGGGGAAAUCACCUCUUCCUGUGGUUAUACAUCAAAUGCUUAAAAACUGGAGAAAAGCUUGUCGGUUGAAACGGCAGCUUGUAAGAACACGGUUAGAUCACAGUGAACAAAAUCUUCAGGCUUCCCAAAUCCUACACAAAAGACCAUUUAAUGUAACUUUAGAAGACGAGCUCUGCCCAUCAGAAGAAAAGACUGAUGUCUCACAUAACAAAAAGAAAAAGGGCCCUAGAUCUUGUUUUACGGCAGAGAAAGAAAUGGAAAGAAAGUCCCGCGGGUAUUGACAGAGCAACUGCUUGUUAUUAGAAAAUGGAGGCAAAACUACAUCAAGAUUGAGUCAGCCCCAUCCUUUCAGUACUCGUGACUUUUCAAGAUAGUGAGCUAUUAAAGAAAAUUAUGGAAAACCUCUUGUCCUUGUUCCUUGUAAACUGCUUUAUUGGAAUGCUUGAGCACUUGUAAUUGGAUUGCAUAAACUCAGUGUUCCCUUAUCUGCAGCUGCUUCUUCAGGAAUGCUAAUUUUUCUGUUUAAAAAAACAUAGUGAGAGUCACUGUCAGUAUAUACAGGACACUUUCUAAUCCAUGUAUAUUUUGCCAGUAAACUGCUUUCAGAAAGAUUGUUACAAAGAGUAAAUACAAGUAUGGUUUUUUUUUAAUCAGUUCAGUUAAUAUGGAUUUUGUUGCGAAGGAAAUAAAAAUAUGUAACUUAAUGUUUUGGAAUCUUAUUAGUUUCUGUUGUGUAUAUAUCUUGCUUUUCAAUCCUGUGGCCUCAUCAAUCCCAUACUGAGAUUUCCAUGUAACUUAAAAAAUAAAAAGAGAUAAAAUAAGCAAAUCUGAACAGCAUAGUGGGUAAGGCACUGUCUAGAAAACGGGAGACCGUGAAAGCCAGCUGGGUGACUUUGGGCCAGUCAUUCUCUUUCUCAGCCCAAGCCACCUGAUAGGGUUAUUGUUACGGGGAAAAUAGGAGUAAGGUGUGUUGGAUAUGUUCACUGCCUUGAGUUAUUUAUAAAAA